AUGACAACCAUCGAAGGUCCGCAUACAUAUCUCCGGCAUGAGGACAGGUUCCUCCGCACAAUCAACGCCAAUCUAUAUUAUGGAAAGAGAUACCCGCAUUACCUAUGCAGCGAAAACAAGGAAGAAAGCAUACCGGUGUUUAAGGCUGUCAAGGAGUAUAUUCUCCAGGACAGGCCGCAUUUGAAAGGCACGCAUCCCAUUUACAACCGGAUGUUCCGAGAGGGCAUAUUGAAGGUGCUGGUUCUCCAUAGGACACAUGUGAUAUAUGAAAACUACGCCUGUCGCUUUUCUACACGUUUUCCAAGUUAUUCGGUAACCGAAUUAUCGAGGAAGUAG